UACCGGAAGCGGGCCAGUCUGGGACAGCGGCGGCUAUGGCGGCGGCGAGCCGGGCUCCUAGCCCGGCCGCCUCGGCGCCCGAGACGGCGGCCGAUGCCCCGCUCCAGUACAGCUUGCUCCUGCAGCAUCUGGUAGGGGACAAGCGGCAGCCGCGGCUCCUGGAGCCAGGCGUCUUGGGCGGGAUCCCGAGCCCGGCCAAGAGCGAGGAGCAGAAGAUGAUUGAGAAGGCCAUGGAGAGCUGCGCCUUCAAGGCCGCCCUGGCCUGCGUCGGGGGAUUUGUCUUGGGAGGAGCUUUUGGAGUAUUCACUGCUGGCAUAGAUACGAAUGUGGGCUUUGACCCAAAGGAUCCAUAUCGAACACCGACUGCAAGAGAAGUUCUUAAGGAUAUGGGACAGAGAGGCAUGUCCUAUGCCAAGAACUUUGCCAUUGUGGGGGCCAUAUUUUCCUGUACUGAGUGUCUGGUAGAGUCCUAUCGGGGAAAAUCUGACUGGAAAAACAGUGUCCUCAGCGGCUGCAUCACCGGAGGAGCCAUAGGCUUUAGAGCUGGUCUAAAGGCUGGGGCCAUCGGCUGUGGAGGCUUUGCUGCUUUUUCUGCUGCCAUCGAUUAUUACCUGCGAUGAGAGAAACUUCUCCUGGUUGAGGAGCCCAGCACCCGGUCAUGAGCCUUGCAGUGGAGGAGGACGGGCCUUUAAGGACUUUGCCUGGAUCAUGAAUGUGAAAGAGUCACUUGGUUUGCUUCCCCUCUCCUUGGGUGGUGGGUGACCCCAGGAGGGGGGUCUGGUGGCUGCUGCCUCCAGUCUCCUGAGCAGCUACACUCAGCUCUCCCAGGUGCUGGCAGAUGGCUUCUCAUGGGGAUCCCCAGUCCUUCCUGGAUUCCACCCAGAGCUUUCUUGUGAGAGACACCACAGAGAGCCCCUUUGAAUAGAUCAGGGACAAUUUAUUGACUUCAAGGAGUUAUGAAUCCUGACUGCAACUAUCCAGCCAGCCUUUUAUUGCUAAAAUAAACAUUCUUUACUAUCCUAUGUUGGGAUGUAUUGCAGGCAACAUAUCAUAAAGGUCCUCUUAUUUAAGGGAAGGGGGAACACAGACGGGGCAAAGUAAAAGUUCCUUGUUCCUUGUAGCCCAUUCUGUGACUAGGGAAUGGCUCUAUCCUGUUGGCCACCGGCCAGCCAUCCUUGCUGUGGAAAUUGUUUAUUUAAAUACAGGUUGAAAAGAUGCA